GUUGAUGAUGCUUGGUACAAAUGUUCAUUCUUUAACGAGGAAUACAGAAAAGUCGUUGAAACACUAUAAUGAUUGCUUGGACAUGAUAAUAUGUGAGACUCCAACAGAAAAAUGUUAUUUGGGUGGAUGUAACAAGUGUCCAGGGGUAGAUGAGUUGAGUAACAUUUUACUGACAUGUUUUGAGAAUCAGGAAAUCGAGAAUGUCACGUACAAGCGUUGGGUAUCAAAACCAAGGAGCAGUUUAGAAACUUUUAUACAGCCUACAGAAGAAUUUAUUGAAAAUCUUUGUAGUGAAUUGAAAGUUCUUCUACCUCACUCAUUCAUUGCAAAAGAACAAGCUAAGUUUUUAAAAACAUUAAAGGAAACACUAAAACCAAAUGAAUAUGUCAUUAUUUGUGAUUUUGCAGAGAAUUAUGCGUUCGUAGUACAAAAUGCAGCAUCUGGUUUUCACUGGAAUAAUGAUCAGGCGACAGUUUUUCCGACUGUAAUAAUCACGAUGCUGUUGCUGUUCAUGUUUUCAUCAAAAUAAUAACUGAUUAUGU